AUGUAUUAGAUUCUUAUAAAAGUUUCAUCGGUAUCUUUGGUAUCUGGAGACUGACGAAACUUUCACAGAUAAUUAAGAAACGAGAACGGAGCUAAGUGCCAGUAUGAUUUCAAGAUAAAUGAUAUUUUUCUCAUAUGUAAUGUACACAAUGGCUCGUAUUUAAAACGCGGUUAUAACGAUGUUAGCGCGCUAAUGUAUGUAAAAUACGUCAUAGCUAACACUAAAGUCAAGAGAUAUCAGUAUUGUCAGUAUCGCUUACAUUGUAAACGUAAUAACAACAAUAUUAUGUUAGAAAAAAUCGAUAAUUUUGCUUAUUUAUAGCAAAAUGUCUACUCAUUGUUGAUAAGUUAACUCGUUGGCGCGCUAACAUCGUUAAAUAAGCGCGUUCAGAAUACGGGCCAAUGUAUGUUUCUGUCAUUGGGACUUCGUUUUAUUUUUUUUUCUUCAUACUUAAACACUUAACUCCGGUUUUAUUUCACUUUUCUAAUUUAAUAUUCUUUAAUUGUGAUUAAUAUACAUACAUGUAUCGUCAUAAGGUAUUCCUUAAGGUCAUUCCACAUUAAAAUUAAUAUUUAUUCCCACGUUAAGGAUAAGUUAUAUCAGCACUUUUAACUAUUUACAGUGAGAUAAUUUUUGCUCUGGAUCGAUUCAAUUCUUCAUAAAUUUUCCCUCAAUAUUGAUUAAUGUCAAAUAAGAUUGGUGUGUGUAUAUUUUUAGCAGGCAAAGAAAAGAGACCUAAACAAGAUCCGAGCACCUCUCCCAUCACGUCUCAUCAAUUCAUACCGCCUCAUAGUCAUUAUCUUCAAAGCCAGUGACUCCUAUUGUAAAGUCGGACGAACGGUUAAAUUGUAUUUGCGUCGACAUUAACGUUAUCAGGGGAAUAAACAAUCCUCUGUAAUGAGACAUGGCGAUAGAGCACCCGCCGACACCUAUCCAAACGAUCCUUAUAUCAAGGACCCCAUGGAACCUUACGGCUGGGGUCAACUGACAAAUGAAGGAAGAAGAAAUCAAUAUAAUCAAGGGCUGUUUCUGCGAGAAUGUUACAACAAUUUCCUGGGACCCUCUUACAGUCCCAAUAUAUUCCAUUUACAAAGCACCUUUGUGGAUCGUGCAAAAAUGUCAGCCCAGCUGGAGGCUGCCGGUUUGUGGAAGCCUAACAAGGAACAAUUGUUCAAAUCCGAUCUACCUUGGCAGCCGGUCACGCUGUUUUACCAGAAACAGUCAGAAGACACGCUUAUGUUAGUGUGGAACACGUGUCCGAAGUAUACCCAGCUACGCAGCUCAGUGAACGACUUGCCAGAAGUCCGAAAAGUUUACGAGAAUAAUAAACUAUUGUUCGAGGAGCUCACGGCUUUAACGGGCAUGCCAAUUACGGAUGCCGACGGUGUUAGUUCGCUCUACGCCACUUUGGCAGCGGAGAAAGGAAUGAACUUGUCUCAGCCGGAGUGGACGAUGGAUUAUUAUCCUGAUAAGCUAAUACCUCUGACCUUGUACUCACUGCAAUUUAACACACACAACGAUGACUUCCGCAGAUUGAAGGGCGGUCCCAUGGUGAAAAAGAUCAUCGACGACAUGUUGGCAAAGAGAGAGGGCACUCUGCGGCCUGAGGAGAGGAAGAUGUUCAUGUUCGUUGGCCACGAUAACACUGUCGUCGAUUUGUUGAAUACUAUAUACAUUUGGCACAAUCAAUUACCGCAUUAUAACAUCAUGAUUAUGAUAGAACUGCACGAAGACGAAUAUGAAUGGAACGUUCAGAUAUUUCUACGGAAUACGACAGCCCACGAGCCGUACCCGUUGACGAUACCUGGAUGUACCACUGUGUGUCCUCUCGACCAAUUUGUUGAGAUACUUAAGCCGGUAACACCAGACAAUUGGGAGGAAGAAUGCAAGGUCGACGGCAACUACGUUACACCAUCCGCGCCACUUCCGUAGAAAUGAUAGAGAUCGUUACUUCUCAUAAAAAUGACAUAUCGCCCGUGUCAUCAUUUGUGUAUAAUUUUUUUCCUGUAUAAUUUUAUUAUUAUAAUCACAUUGUAAAUAAUUAUUUACAUCGUUAAUGUUUGCGACAUUGACUUUCGUUAUGUAUAAACUGCCGGGCCUGGUGUCUAAAGAAUUCAAAGUAUCUCCUCUAAAAGAUCAAAAUUAGUCGAGAUCUUGAAAUUCUGCGCUGUACGUAAACAACAAAAUUUCGAAAUAAAAGAACUUGUCCAUUAUCCAA